GCGACCGCGAGUGAUGUGAGCGAGGGCGAGGGGCAUUGCAUCCGACACCGACGCGCAAACAGAGUGAAGAGAGUAUCGUGCGCGCACGAGAGAGAGCGGAUAUAUAUAUAUAUACGUACAUACAUACAUUUAAAUGUGCUCGCAUCUGAUUCUAUUUACUAGGAGGACAUCUUGACGGCGCGUCGACUUAACGCGCGUAACUGAAACUUAAGCGAGAACCAGGUGACCGGUUGGGUUCCUGAGAGCACAACAAGCAACAUGUCGUCGGUGAAGGUGGCCGUUCGCGUGCGGCCGUUCAACAAGCGCGAGAUAGAACACCAGUGCAAGUGUAUCAUUGCCAUGCAAGGAGAAACAACAACCGGAUGAUCUAACGUUCACAUCACAGGCGAAGGUUUACUCGGACGUGGGAGAGGAGAUGUUACAGCAUGCGUUCGAAGGGUACAACGUGUGCAUAUUCGCCUACGGGCAGACGGGGUCGGGGAAGAGCUACACGAUGAUGGGAGGCAAGGAUCCCGGUCAGCAGGGAAUCAUCCCCCGCAUCUGCGAGGAUCUCUUCAACAGGAUAGAGGGGAACAGCGACACGGACCUCGCCUACUCAGUCGAGGUGUCUUACAUGGAGAUCUACUGUGAGAGGGUUCGCGAUCUGCUGAACCCCAAGCACAAGAACAACCUGCGUGUUCGCGAACACCCUGUGCUGGGACCGUACGUCGAGGAUCUAUCCAAGCUAGCCGUGCAGAACUACCAGGACAUCUACGAUCUCAUGGACGAGGGAAACAAGUCAAGGACGGUGGCGGCGACAAACAUGAACGAGACGAGCAGCAGAUCUCACGCGGUUUUCACCAUCGUCUUCUCACAGAACAGAUACGACAAGCAGACGAAUCUCACCACAGAGAAGGUCAGCAAGAUCAGCCUGGUUGACCUGGCGGGCAGCGAGCGCGCCGACUCGACCGGUGCGAAGGGAACGCGGCUUAAAGAGGGCGCCAACAUCAACAAGUCGCUGACGACCCUCGGCAAGGUCAUCUCUGGCCUCGCCGAAAUGUCGUCUAAGAAGAAGAAGAAGGCUGAGUUCAUCCCCUACAGAGACUCGGUUCUCACCUGGCUGCUGCGGGAAAACCUCGGCGGUAACUCCAAGACCUGCAUGGUGGCCGCGCUCAGCCCUGCAGACAUCAACUACGAUGAGACGAUGAGCACCCUGAGGUACGCGGACCGAGCGAAGCAGAUCAUGUGCAAGGCGGUGGUCAACGAAGAUCCGAACGCCCGGCUGAUCCGAGAGCUGAAGGAAGAGGUGAACCGCCUACGUGACAUCCUGCAGCAUGAAGGCAUCGAGCUAGAUGCUAACGAAGGUGCAGACACGGUGAAGAUCCAUAAACGCUCCGAGUCGAUAUCAGCGGCCGGCGAGGACGCCAUCGACCAGCUGAAGGCGUCAAACAAGCUGAUGGCAGAGCUGAAUGAGACGUGGGAGGAGAAGCUGAGGCGCACCGAAGCCAUACGGCUCGAGCGAGAGGCUGUGCUCGCGGAGAUGGGCGUGGCCAUCCGCGAGGACGGACACACGGUCGGCGUCUUCCAGCCGAAGAAGUCUCCGAAUUUAGUCAACCUAAACGAGGACCCACUCAUGUCGGAAUGCCUGCUCUACUACAUCAAGGAAGGAAUGACAAAAGUCGGACGCCACGAUGCUCAAAUUACACAGGAUAUACAGUUGGGUGGAGCUCACAUUUUAGAAGAACACUGCGUCUUCAACAACAAGGAUGGUAACGUGCUGCUGAUUCCGUGCGAUAGCGCCAUGUGCUACGUGAACGGGGUGCAGGUGCUGGAACCUUACAUCCUGCAGACGGGUGGUCGCAUCAUCUUCGGAAAGAGUCACGUGUUCCGCUUCAACCAUCCCGACCAAGUUUUAUGCAUUUCGCCGUGCCAGUUCAUUGAGAGCGAUCAGCUCUGCGAAGAAUUGAUUGGUGAAAGCAAUGUGGAUCCCCAUGACUACAGCUUCGCUCUGCAGGAGCUGCUGGAGAAGCAGGGCGUUGAUAUCAAGCAGGAGAUGGAUAAGAGGCUGAACGUGUUGGAGGAGCAGUACAGGCAGGAGCAGCUGGAGGCAGAGCUGAGGUUUGAGAAGCAGAGACAGGACUACGAGUCUCGCAUCCAGGACCUACAGAAGAUCGUUGAGACUCAGUCUCUCAUGUCCAGCAUGACCCCGGACGAGUUCACCGCCGAGGACGACGACACCUUCGACUGCACUUGGACUGAAAAGGAGUUUAAUCAAGCGAAGUGGGGCUUUGAGAAGUGGAGGUAUCAUCAGUUCACCUCGCUGCGUGACGACCUGUGGGGAAACGCUAUCUUCCUAAAGGAGGCUAAUGCCAUUAGCGUCGAACUAAAGAAAAAGGUGCAGUUUCAGUUCGUGCUGCUUACGGACAGUCUCUACUCGCCGCUGCCCUCAGAGUUGUUGCCGUGCGGAUACAACUGCAACAACCGGCCGUACCCGAAAACAAUCGUCGCUGUCGAAGUGCUGGACACGAAGAACGGAGCCACGCACUACUGGUCGCUGGAGAAACUCACGCAACGGUUGGAGCUGAUGAGAGAGAUGUACCGUAACGAGGCUGACCUCUCCCCGACCUCUCCCGACGCGAACAUUGAGAGCAUAACAGGAGGGGAUCCGUUCUAUGAUAGAUUCCCGUGGUUCAGGCUGGUUGGAAGGGCGUUCGUGUUCCUUACCAACCUGAUGUAUCCAGUACCGCUGGUGCACAAGGUAUCCAUCGUGAAUGAGAAAGGCGAUGUAAAGGGAUGGUUGCGCGUCGCCGUGCAAGCAGUAGGAGAUGGAUGUGAAGAAUGAGGAGAGAGAGGACGGGGACGGGCAAAGCCCGGACGAUAUCACUCACGAAGACACAAACAUGAACAUCAUGGAGAAUCAGCUGCUGCAGGAGGCGCUGGACCAGGACAAGCAGAGGAGCGCAGGAGGAGGAGAGAACAGGGAGGAGUUUCCGCAGCACCUGUGUCCCGGCGGGGACUUCACGUUCCGUGUUACCGUGCUGCAGGCGUACGGCAUCCCGAUGGAAUAUGCUGACAUCUUCUGCCAGUUCAACUUCCUGCACAGACACGAUGAGGCGUUCUCUACUGAGCCACUGAAGAACACUGGCAAGGGACCUCCGUUAGGCUUCUACCACGUGCAGAAUGUGACGGUAAACGUGACAAAGUCGUUCCUGGACUACAUCAAGGAUAAGCCGAUAGUGUUCGAGGUGUUUGGACAUUACCAGGAACACUCCACACCAGAGCAGUUCAGUCACAACAACGUUCGCCCGCCACCUAAGAACAUCUUCCCAUCGUACCUGCCGAUCUCACAGCCGGUGCGCUCACCUAAGAUCGGACCUCUACAGACGCCCAGCAACAACGGAACCAUCUACUCCAAGUACGACCUGCUCGUCUGGUUCGAGAUCUGUGAGCUGGCGCCUAACGGAGAGUACCUGCCAGCUCUCGUUGACCACGUGAGGGACCAGCCCGGCCGCGGCACGUUCCUGCUGCAUCAUGGGAUACAGCGGAGGAUCGCCAUCUGCGUCGCACACGAGACGGGACCGGAUCUCGUCUGGACGGACAUCAAGGAGCUGGUCAUCGCGUUGACAUUAUUUGUCAUCGUUGUCGCCGUGUCAUUGUCACAUAUGUUGCAUCACUUCCACUGCCCCGCGGCGACUCUGGACAAACAUGAAGCAAUGCAGCAGUGUGAUGCAGCGGCCAUGUUUGUUGGCGGUGCGAUGGCAGCGGCCAUGUUUGUGGCGGUUGGCGAAUGCAGCGGCCAUAUUGAGAAUUGUGCUCAGCCAGCUGUCAUAUCCAAAGAUCUGUGUGUCGCCAUCUUUGGUCGAGACGCACGUACAGCGUCUGCCUCUAGAUCACUGAAGAAUUUUUUCGGCGCGGGAUACAAGGCCCUAGACUGCAACCGCGUCACCGGCGUCUAUGAGCUGGUGCUUAAGCGCGCCACAGAGCCGGGAGUGCAGCGACGUCAGCGUCGCGUGCUCGACACCAGCUCCACCUAUGUGCGGGGCGAGGAAAACCUGAACGGGUGGCGCCCUCGUGGUGACAGCCUCAUCUGGGAGCACCAAUGGGAACUGGAGAAGUUGACCAGACUAGAAGAGGUUGAGCGCGCUCGACACGUGCUGCUGCUGCGAGAAAAGAUCAUCGACGACAAAUGCACGCUGAAGGAAGACAAGCACGUCGCAAACCUCGUUGCCAAGGCGACGGGCAUCCCGGCGUCUCCCAGCAGGAAGCCGAGUGUGGAGCCGGAGGGGAAGCAGAGCUCUCAGAAGGAGAAGCUGCAGAAGGACGAGAAGGAGGAGGACACGGGCAACAGGGAGCUGUACCUCACCUCCAAGUGUCUGAAGUUGCUGCAGCAGGGCAGGCUGCCUCUCGAUCCGACACCGCCGACCGGCGUCAAGGUACGUCCAAUCAUGUCCGCAAUCUCACCCAACACGCUAGAACCUAACCUGAGACCGGUGUCGCCAUCUGGGAAGAAGAAGUCACACUCCUGUGACAACAUUCAAGAGGCUGCCAAGGAUUUCUCUGACAGAGCAAAGAAGUCUUGCUCAUCUAAUUCACUCAAACAGAUGAGUCUGUUUGUACCUGAGAUUGAGGAGGUGAGGCUCUCUCCAGUCGUCUCACGCAAGGGCUGGCUCAACUUCCUCGAGGAGAAGACCAGCGGCUGGGUCAAGCGCUGGGUGGUGGUGCGUCGUCCUUAUAUCUUCCUCUACAACAACGAGAAGGACCCAGUGGAGAGAGGUCUUAUCAACCUCGCCACGGCACAGGUGGAGUACAGCGAGGACACACAGGCCAUGCUGCAGGUGCGCAACACCUUCUCCGUCUGCACGAAGCAUCGAGGGUUUCUCAUGCAGACGAUGGGAGACAAGGAGGUGCACGACUGGCUCUAUGCCAUCAAUCCGUUACUCGCCGGGACUAUAAGGUCGAAGCUGUCACGAGGACGUGUCAACAUCACACCGGAAGAAAUAAACUGACUAGUGCGGGACUGCUGUCCACACCCACGCCACUGUGUUCUCACAGUCCGACCCAACGUUGCAGAAGUAUUUGUCUCCAGUCGCAGUAUAUCGCCGGCGUAGGCUACGUCAUAUUAUCAUCUCAGAGCAGCAGCAGCAGCAGCGUGCAGGAGCGGGAUGUGGGAGACGAUUGAUAGGCUAGAAGCAGCCGCCGGCCGCCAUUUCCAACAUG